AUGGUUUGCGAUCCAAGGGCAGCAACUGCAGCCGUGAAGCGGGUGGCAAGAGAAAGCCUUACUUCUGCAGCGCAGCUCUUGGAGGAUUUGCGCCUUCAGCGCGCGCUGAACGUGAUUCAUGUGAACACGGCUUUGGCUGCGUGUGGAAAAGCUCAAAAUUGGCAGAUGGCCUUGUUCUUCCUGGACUUCCUGCAAAGCCAGCUGCAGCCAGAUGAGUUCAGCUAUGGGUCUGCGAUGAAAUCUUGCGGAGCCGCUUGGGAAACAUCAUUGCUCCUUCUGAAUGAGAUGCACAGGACGGAUUCCGCAAAGACUGGCCGAGAAAUAGAAUCAGCUGCUCAUUUUACGCUGAAUUUAGGGGUUGCGGCACAAAGACUCAGCCAUUCCCCGAGGAUGACAGUGGCACCCAACGAGAUUAUCCUCAGCUCCUGCAUCUCUUGCCUCUCCUCUGCCGGUCGCUGGCAGAUGGCCUUGGAUGUGCUGAGCUUCAUGCCGACGCAGCGCCUUCGCGCAGACGUAAUUUGUUGCAACACCGCCCUUGGCAUGCCGUGGCUCAGGGCUUCAGAGCUGGCAGCCAGCAUGGCACAGCAGCUUCGAUUGGAUGUAUUCAGCUACAGCACUCUUCUACGCAGAGCGCCCUGGGCCCAGGCAGCGAGUUUGAUGUUGAGAAUGCUGAGGGCGCAAGUGGCGCCGGACAACUUUUGCUUUUCCUCGUUCGCCAUGGAGAGACCUUGGCGGUGUGCAACACUGCUGCUGGAGCAGAUGGCCAGGUGCAAGGUAGAAGCGAACGCAGUGACCUUCAAUGCUUUGGCCACAGCUCACUGGCAGACAGCUUUGGAUUCGAGUCACAGGUCAGCCACCCGUACGGCAAGCAUCAUUUCCCGAAUGACGGGUGAAUGGAGGCAGGCGACAACACUGUUUGCCGCGGCUGGACGUGACCUUUGCAGAAAUGCAUUGAUGAACCAUUUGCCCUGGCAAAUUGCGUGGGAACAACUGGAGGAGGCAGCGUCGUCAGGCCAGCAGCCAGACGGCAUGUAUCGCUCAGCUGCGCUCAGCGUGAAGGACUCAUCCUCCUGGGCCAUGGCUCUACAAGUCCCCCUGGACGCCUAUGGCUGCAGCGGCAUCUCGUCCAAGCUGGAGUGGCAGCAGACACUGCGGCUGCUGCAGGCGAUGAGACUGUCAGCAGGGCUUGAGCAUGAAAGCUCAGAAGCUGACGCGGGCUGCUACAACUCCGCGAUCAACGCAUGCAAAUGGCAAAUUGCCUGGCAGCUCCUGAAUGCCAUGCCCAUGUUCCGGCUGCAGCAGGACGACUUUGGCUUUAGUGCAGCUGUUUCGGCGGCUGAUUGGCCCUUCGGCCUCAGUCUCCUUUGUGGCAUGGCGCAGCGACGCAUUGCCGGCGGCGCGGCCUGUAAUGCUGCGCUCAGCGCCAGUGAGAAGAACUCGUUGUGGCAGCAGACCCUCGCCUUGGCGACUGCCAUGCCGUUCACUGAUGCGACCUGCAGCACGGCCAUCGCUGCAUGCGAGAACGGCAUGCAGCAGCUGGGUUUGGUCCUGAUCCAUGAAGCCGAGGCUGGGGGCAUGAUACUGCGAGCUGGCUCUCUGCUGGAAGCAUUCAGCCGUCUUGGAGUGCAAGACCCAGAGGCGAUUCACGCCGCGCUGGUGCAGGCGCUCAUAGAUGCGGCUGAAGCCGCGCCUUCGUGUAGGGACAUUGCGCAGCUUUGGCGGUCUGCGGGACUGCUAGGAGCCUGCAGUGAGAAGUUCCACAAAGUGCUCACCGGGCGAACCCGGCUGAGUGACAUGAGCUUGGAGCAGCUGGUGCUGGUGGCCUGGGGGGUGGCCGCUCUUCAGUCUCGGGUGCUGAUCUUGGAAGAGAUUCAGCUUGAGCUCCUCACACGGCUUCGCAUGCCAAGAGAUUGGCAGCUUUGGAGGCAGAACGUGCUUGGAGUUUUGCAUGCCUGCAGCUUCGCAGGGCAGCUCUCCAGCAGAUGCUUGCAGCAGUCCGCCUUGGCUUUGCGCUCCUUGGGCCAGCGGCUCGAUUCCGCCGGAGGGCCCGGCCUUGGCCCAGCCAUCCUCCGUCGGGUCCGUCGGGGCGUGGGGCCCACGGUGGAGCUGGAUCUGUCGGACCGCUUGGUGCUACUAAAGCCGGUGGACUGGGAAGUGCACGACGAGAAUGUCGAGCAGCAGGCGGCUGCUUUCCUCCGGGACAUGGGGCUGCAGAUGCCGAUCCUCGCAGACAAGGAGUUUGGGCAAGGCUUUCUUCAUCGCUUGGAUGUGCCAAGCUCUGGUCUGCUGCUGGUGGCCAAAUCCUACGAGGCGCAUUGCGACCUGUCGCUGCAGCUGGCGGCUGGGUGGCUGGAGCGAGACUACACGGCCCUGAGCCACGGCUGGGCAAGCAGACGCGAGGUGAGGGCGCAGGUGUACUGGAGGCGCUCCCCCGUGACCCGAGCUGGUGGCCGCGGAAAGCCGGCGUUGACAAAGGUGCGGGUACUGAGCCACUUCGCGCGUCCACUGGCACUAAGCCUCCUCAGCAUUCGCAUCAUGACGGGACGGCAGCAUCAGAUUCGCACCCAUUGCGCCCACGUCGGGCACCCCUUGCUGACAGACGGCAAGUACUCAAGCAGCAGCACGUACGCCAGCGAUCAGCAUUUGUCUUCUCACAAUGCCUUGCACCGACAUCGCUUGGCUUUUCGCGACCGCAAGAACCAGGUCUGUGAGGCGAGGACCUUCAGAGAGAAUUACAUGGGGUGUGCCGCGUUGCUCUCCUGCGAGCGCCAGAAAAGGCAAAUCUGGGUAACCUGUCCAGAUGGCUAUCAGCCUGACUGCGACAGUGGCUGCAUUCCCUUACCAAAAGCGGCUGAAUGUCCUGAAGAAGCACAAGACCUUAUUUCCUGGGUGCGGGCAAACGGUGGAUUCGUGGACGCGCGCUUGCGUAUUGGGAAUGGUCCGUUUGGCCGAGGUCUAUUUGCAAAGGAGGAUAUUGCAACGUCGGAGCUCCUGGUGUCUUUGCCUUUGGAGCUAGUCAUUACAGACAAGGCUUCUCCUUGUGCCGCAAUUAGGCAGCUGAGGGAUGAAUUGCAUCGAGGAAGAUGCUCCUCGUUUUGGCCAUACCUGCGGACCUUACACGGGGCAGAGGUGUUGGUACCAGACGCCUGGUCCUUUGAAGACCGGGCCCUACUGGAUGGGCUUCCUCUGCCCAAGGGCGGUUGGCAGAGCUACUCGCAGAAGUAUUUUGCAGAUUGUUUGGACGGCAACGCCGAUGCCUUGGUGCUGCGUGCCCUUCACCUCUACCACACUCGUGCGGGCCCGUUCGGCAUGAGCCCAAUUUUCGACCUCAUGAAUCACGGCUACAACAGCACGUGGCACAGUUUCGACUCCGAGCAAGGAGACAAAGGUACCUUUGUGCUCCGCACAGCCUCCAACAUCAAAGCUGGGAGCGAACUCUUCAACUCGCUGGUGAAUGGUGUUGCAUUCCGACCUGGAGUGGCACCUGGCAUGCAUUCUGAAGAUUUUGAUGGUGCACCAGAAAUCUUCGGGAGCUAUGGCUUCCUGGAGCCACCGCCUGUCAUGUGGUGGUUCCAUGGGCUGACGACUGGCAUUCGCCACGCCUGGAUGCAGAUGGACGGUGAAGGCGCAGUCCUGUGGUUUCAGACCACAGAGCACGGCCCCGGCACCAACCUCACGGCACUCACGGUAGAUGCUGCAGUGACCUUGGCAGAUCUUCAGGAGCGCGAGGAGAGACUAGCACUUGUGCUUGGCAGGAACCUUUCUUCGCAAACUGCUUCGCCGCAGCAGCUAUUGGCUCUCAAGUACCGAGAGGCCUUCAAGGAUGCCUUGAAGCUUGCCGUGAAGGCAGCUGCUGCUGAGCUUGGGGCGCGCACCAGAGAGGAGCUGUGA